CCGCCCGCUCAUUGGCCCCGUGGCCCGCCUGUCAACCGCCGCUCGCGGAGGAGCGCGGGGGCGGUGUGGGGCCGCGUCCUGCGGUGCUGUCACAGCGAGCGGGCGGAGGAAGCGGCGGCGGGGGAAGAGGCGGGUGGCCGGGCUGGGAUGUGAGAGCGGCAUCCCUGCCUCGUGCGCUUGAUCGCUCUUCCCCUUCUCCUUUUUUUUUUUUCCUGAGCUUUUUUCACUUUCCCCCUUGUUUUGCUAUAGAAAUAUACAUAAAUAUCCGACUACGCUGUUUCCACCACCUGCGGAAGCCAAAUAUUUAAUACCCUAGAGAGCCCCGCGGCCAAGGGCUCCCUCAGCGACCUCGCUCCGUCUCGCCCGCAGCCCGCCGGCGCGCCCGGCGCCUCCCCGGCUGCACCAUGGAUCACCAGCCGAAGUUUUUCGAGAACCUCUCGGGCAGCGGCAAAGCCAUUGGCGUGCUGACCAGCGGCGGUGAUGCCCAAGGUAUGAAUGCUGCUGUGCGCGCGGUGGUACGCAUGGGAAUCUAUGUUAAAGCCAAAGUAUAUUUUGUUUAUGAGGGUUACCAAGGAAUGGUUGAUGGGGAUAAUAUUGUUGAAGUCUCAUGGGAAAGUGUUUCAAGUAUCCUGCAAGUGGGAGGUACAGUUAUUGGUAGUGCACGCUGCAAAGCCUUUCGGACCCGUGAAGGCCGCCUGCAAGCAGCCUACAACUUGGUUCAGAGAGGAAUCACUAAUCUUUGUGUGAUUGGUGGAGAUGGUAGCUUAACUGGUGCAAAUCUGUUUCGUGAAGAAUGGAGUGGACUUCUAGAAGAACUGGCACAGAAAGGAAAAAUUGAUGAAGAUGCAGUUAAAAAAUAUGCUUACCUCAACAUUGUGGGAAUGGUUGGAUCCAUAGAUAAUGACUUCUGUGGCACUGAUAUGACCAUAGGGACUGACUCAGCCUUGCACAGAAUCAUUGAAGUUGUGGAUGCCAUCAUGACGACUGCUCAGAGCCAUCAGAGGACGUUUGUCCUGGAGGUUAUGGGAAGACAUUGUGGGUAUCUAGCUCUUGUUAGUGCCUUAGCCUGUGGUGCAGAUUGGGUGUUUAUUCCCGAAUACCCUCCAGAAGAAGGAUGGGAGGAUUCAAUGUGUGUUAAGCUUUCAGAGAACCGUGCACGAAAGAAAAGGCUGAAUAUUAUUAUUGUAGCUGAAGGAGCUAUUGAUUGUCACAACAAACCUAUAACAUCAGAGAAGGUUAAGGAUCUUGUAGUUCAGCGGCUCGGUUUUGACACUCGAGUAACUAUCUUGGGUCAUGUGCAAAGAGGUGGAACCCCAUCAGCUUUUGACAGAAUUUUGGCAAGCCGUAUGGGUGUGGAAGCCGUACUUGCUCUUCUGGAAGCUACUCCAGAUACUCCUGCCUGUGUUGUGUCCUUGUCUGGAAAUCAGGCAGUCCGUCUGCCUUUAAUGGAGUGUGUGCAGAUGACUCAAGAAGUACAGAAAGCCAUGGAUGAAGGAAGAUUUGUUGAGGCUGUGAGGCUUCGUGGAAGGAGCUUUGAAAACAACCUUAACACCUACAAAUUACUUUCACAUAAAAGACCAGAUGCUGAGCUUCCAAAGACUAACUUUAAUGUGGCAGUUUUAAAUGUUGGUGCUCCUGCAGCUGGAAUGAAUGCUGCAGUGAGGGCUGCAGUAAGAGUUGGCAUAACUGAAGGCCAUAAAAUGUUUGCUGUCAUUGAUGGAUUUGAAGGUUUUGCUAGAGGGAAGAUAAAGGAAAUCAGCUGGGGAGAUGUUGGAGGCUGGACUGGUCAAGGAGGAUCAAUUCUUGGUACAAAACGUACUCUUCCUGCAAAAUAUUUGGAGAAGAUCGCUGACCAGAUGCGCACUAACAACAUUAAUGCCCUUAUGGUUAUUGGUGGAUUUGAGGCGUACCUCGGACUCUUGGAAUUGUCAGCAGCCCGAGAGAAAUAUGAUGAAUUCUGUGUUCCAAUGGUUAUGGUUCCUGCAACUGUAUCCAACAAUGUACCGGGUUCAGAUUUCAGCAUUGGUGCAGAUACUGCUCUGAACACUAUAACUGAUACCUGUGAUCGCAUCAAACAGUCAGCCAGUGGCACCAAGCGUCGUGUAUUCAUCAUUGAGACCAUGGGUGGUUACUGUGGUUACCUGGCCAACAUGGGGGCCCUUGCGGCAGGAGCUGAUGCUGCUUAUAUCUUUGAAGAACAGUUUGAUAUUCGAGAGCUCCAAGCUAAUGUGGAACACCUGACUGAAAAAAUGAAAACCAGUAUUCAGCGUGGUCUAGUGCUGAGAAAUGAGAACUCCAAUGAGAAUUACACAACUGACUUCAUUUAUCAGCUGUAUUCUGAAGAAGGAAAAGGAGUUUUUGACUGUCGAAAAAAUGUGUUAGGCCACAUGCAGCAGGGUGGUGCACCUUCACCAUUUGAUAGAAACUUUGGGACAAAAAUUUCUGCAAAAGCUAUGCAGUGGAUCUCCAAAAAACUGAAAGAAACAUAUCGAAAAGGAAAAGUAUUUGCAAAUACUGAUGACUCGGUUUGUUUGCUGGGAAUGCGCAGACGCAACCUUGUUUUCCAACCAGUGGCUGAGCUUAAGAAUGAAACUGACUUUGUGCACAGGAUUCCCAAGGAGCAAUGGUGGCUGAAGCUCCGACCACUGAUGAAAAUUCUAGCCAAGUACAAGACUAGCUACGAUGUUUCAGACUCGGGCCAGCUGGAGCAUGUUGCUAUGCACAGCCCAAAAGAAGCAGAAACUGGAGCCAUCUAAGAGAUCCUUUUAGAUAAAGUUGUAAUAGAUACAUAUUGUGAGUAACAAUGCUUUAGAAUUGUUACAGCUUUGUUUUGUAACAUUUAAAUUAUUGUACCAGCACUUUACCUGAAACAGGACACUCAGAUGUCACACAGAUUUUUGUUCGGUAUUUGUGUUAGGUUUGAAACAAACCCUGCAUCUAACAAAUAAGCACCGUUUACCAAUAUUACCCUUUAACAGUAAGUGCAGCACAGUUCUAUGCACUCUAAGUUACUCAUCUACUGCACUUUGUUUCAGAGUACUUACACACAAAAAUAAAUGUAGAGGAGUAGCUUUGUGUUGAGUUACAGGAUGUGUUUAUGUAUCUGAAGUGAAAUAAAGUAUUGUUGCAAACAUAA